GACCACUCAAAUUGUGCUAAACUCGAGACAUUCCUACUAAGCAGUGGAGACCCUCUUCAUUCCACGAUUUACCGGACUCCUUUACAAACAUCGUACAACAAUUUCAACACUUUACCUUUCACAUCUUUCAAUCUCGUCGAUAGAUGUUUUACCGUAUCCAAAUCCCUUCGUUUUCAACCAUUUUUUGAAAGAAGAAAGCACACGACCUCACUCGUUCGGUCGGACCAUCAUCUACUCCAUUCGGUUGACUUUUGGGUUUCACUCGGACAGCCUCGAUCAAAAUUUAGUCGGACUAUAAGAAUCAUCAAAAUAAAACAUCCAUUAGACACUUACCCACCAUCCAUCUGAGAGACGAAACAUUUUUGCAGGAGUUGUGGCGGUAGACCAAAGUAUACUUUGAAAAUUGGAAAGAACAUCCAGGAAAUCAAGCAGGAAAUUCGGGGCCAUUUAAGGGCGUUCGAAAAUAUCAACAACUAACACGAUGCGGGCUCAACGAUCAUUCCAACUAUAUUCCAUCCUCCUCCUACUCGGCCUUUCCGUAUUCGUCGCUGCGUGGCCAUGGCCAAGAUGGCUUCCAGAAAUGGACUCUUUAAUUGUAGCUCGAGCAGAUAGUUCGAGCUCUGCUGCUGAUGACAACACGGCAUCGGCAACUGCUUCUCCCACGGCUUCGGCAACUACAGCCCCAAAGUCUACAAACACAGCAUCAGAGACAGGUUCCGACUCUGCAACCGGUUCCCAAUCGGCGUCGAAAACAAGCUCAGGCUCAAGCUCAGGCUCAGGCACAAAUAGAGCUACCACUUCUGGAUCGAAAGAAACAUCAGGUUCUGCCAAAUCUACACACGCCGCUGUUGGCAAUUCGACUACCUACAAUGCAACUUACCCAGCAGGUGGGAUUUCCAUCUUAACACCUGCCGCCACUUCGACUGCAUACUUCAAGAUUGGUGAAUAUAUCACUUUUGCCUGGAAUUAUACAUCUCUCCAAGCUACUCCUACUGCCGUUAAUAUUAUGGCCACAUGCAAAGCCAAUGCUCAGUUAUACACGAUUGCCACAAACCAAACCGUCACGGCAUCCACACAGGCAGUAACCUGGGAUACUAGUGGCUAUCAAUCAACUGCUGUUGGAAACCCUCUCCUUACAGAAACCUACACUUUGAUUAUCUACGAUGCAGAGAGUAGUAUCAGUGCGACUUCUCAACCCGGAUACCUGUCAGUAUAUGAUACAUAUGCUUUUGGAAUGUACUCGCCACAGCCAUAUACUCCUCUCAGCGAUUGGGUAUGUGCUACUUGCAGUGGUGCAUUAUCUGAUAUGGAGAGAAAAGCAUUGAAAUUGAUGUUUGGCAUGGGACUUGUCACUGUCCUUAGCUUUACCUGGUUCGUCACUGGAUUGGGUGUUAUCUGGUAAACAAAUUGUCAUGAAGAUUAUUACUUUUUUCUUUUAAUUUUGGGUGUUGGAUUGGAGGACACGGAGGAGAAGAACGUUAAGAUACUGGGUUGCAUAUGGGGAACAUUCCCUUGGGCAAGAUUCGAAAAUGAAAAAUCCGGGUUGGGGUAAUGGUGUUUUGGGGUUUGGGCAUAUGUGCAUUUUCUGGAUUUAGCACGUUGCAUGCAUGCAUAGAUAGCAGGGAGAAAUUUACAAUUACUUAAUGAACGUUUGAGCGCAAAUUGGUUUGUAAUAGUCAAUAACA